CGUCUCGUCGCCCGCAAGCUGACUUACCUGCUUCCAUCCGGCGAUCAGACGAUGAACCGGCAGACUCCUGCUCCGUUCAGCGCCGCCGCGGCGCCCAGAGGAGCCGCUCCGACGUACAAAGCGCAGCAGGCUGCAAGAGUUCCCGUGGAAUUCAUACAAGCCAUGAAACUAAUCCAAGGGCAGCCGUCGAAACCCGACGUCAGGACGUUUGUCACGGCUUCUAGGACUCAGCUGGUCCAGAGACGUGCAGGCCAGCCUCCUGUUAAAAAAUGGAAAUCCUCGUUCAAACCGGUCGACGGAGAUGACGACUCUGACGACAAGGACACGAGCAGUUCAAAAGGGGUUGAUCUUUAUGACCCUUACCAUCCUGCCUUGUUGGACUCCGAGCUCGAGGUGAUGAAUAGGAGCAACUCUGAACAGGACAACACGCUGCAGCACUGUUUGUCUCAAGACCGAGGCUGCAAGAAAAAGAGCCGCUGGGACUGCUCUGACCAAGACAUCCAACUCUUCAGGUCUGAGAAAAGACCUUGUGAAAAUCCAGGUUUCAGUCCUGCUCAUAGACUGCCUUACAAUCCAAACACUGAGUCCAUUGAACCACUGAGGUAUGACAACAUAGGCCGACUUCAGGCGCACAGAGGGCAGUCCAGGCUGUGCAGCCCUGACAGGGGCGUUCAUGGCGCCUCAGCACAACGGCUGCCUACAUCUUAUGGAGGACAGAGGACCAACGGAGAGGAGAGGAUGAUGGAGUACCGGAGGGAGGUGUCACCGGUGACCGACGCAUUGAGACUUCCCAGGUCCCAGAGGGGCUACCACCAACAGGAAACCGGGCAGGACCGUAUCAACCUGGGCACAGAGGUGACUAGGAACAGCCAGAAAACGAUUAUAGCAGACGAGAGUCCCAUCACCUGUGACCUCUGUGAAGUUGAGUUGUCUAACGGGCAGGAGCUGGAGGACCACUUGGACAGCAAAAGCCACUGGGACACUCUGGAGCAUAUUCAGCAGCAGAACGACUACGAUGACCUCACUGUAGCUUUUCUACAGGAAGUCAUGCUGUAUAAGAGCCGUCAGUCUAGCCGAGCCAUAGAGGACAGUGCUCUUCAAGCUCUACAAGAAAACGACCACAUGACAAAAGUGGAAAUGUUCCACUGCGCAGCUUGCGACAUCUUUGUGUCCACAUCUGCGUCCUCGGUGCAGGCUCACAUCACGUCUCAGGGUCACCUAUCAAACACAAAGGGGUUUGAGGCGCAGCAGCGACUUGCUUGCCUCAGCAAAGCAGAAACCAUAAUUAAGAAGCUGAAACCUCAGUUUGAACACUUCAUGCAGGGUGGAACCCCAUUUGGAUGACAAGAAUGACUGAAAGGCACCGUUUACACAGAGAUGCCAGUUGUUUUAGAUACAGCUCAGAUGUAAAACAGGUCAGAGUCACAGCCACACCAUUGUUAUGAUGCUCAUGUAUGCUGUUAUAUACUCAGUGCCUGUUUGUGAUUUGUUCAGAAUAAAAUAUUUUGGUUUCA